UCCAGACAGUUGAGGCUUCUUUCCUGCUGCCAUGUUUUAUAAUAUUUCCUCAGGAGGGACUUCCACAGAGAUGAUUAAUAUAGAUAUUAAAUGGACAGGUUUAUUCAUUACAGAAGUCAUGGCAGUCCUUUGGGAAGUAUUUCUACCUUAUAAGACCGAGUUCUUGGUCUGCACAGCCUCUUGUCUGUCUGUAUUAACAAUUUUUGUAUUAUGGACACAAACUGACAAGAUGGGAGCCCCUGAUACUCAGUGGCAAACUAAUCUCAGAUUCACACAGCCAGAAGAUGUGAGGGGGAGAUCAGCACCAACUGUGUCCUCCUAUAAACCACCAUCAAAACACAAACGGUCUAAACGUGGCAGAAAAAAUCAACAAAGUUCAGCUAGGUCAGCAGAAAUUUUAUCCCCUACUGGUAAUACCUCCUCAACAAAUAUACACAGAAAUACAGAAACAAUUCAGGGGAUUCAGAGUACCACCAAGAAAAUACAACAUACUGACUGUAAAAGGCAAAAACAUUGUCAGGAGUCCAUAGAUCUGGAAGUAGAAAAGGAACAGCCUUACAUACAGACAAUCAGACAAAGUUACCCAGAGAUUAGUUGGGACAAUAUAGCAACUGCCUUGGUGUAUUUACACAAGUUCAGUGCUUUGGUUCGUAAUGCAAAAAUUGUUAUGAAGGCUUUGGAUCAUAUAAAGGAUCUGAUGGAAACACCAAAAAGAAAAAUGGAACUGCAUCUCAGGCAUAACAUUCCUAUUGAUUAUACAGAGACCGAGCUCUGGGAUAUUGUCACGUUCUUCCAUAGAGACAUGAAGGAAGAAGAAUUUCACUGGGUCUACCAGGAGUUCAGGAGGGAAAAUGGAUUUCCUCCAACCCCCACUGAAUUUUGUCAGCUCUUUGAGAAAAGCAUUCAAACAGUCAAAAUGAAGAAAAUACAUACCAAACUGCGAAAUAAGUAUGAAAAAAGCCAAGAAUGUGUUGAAAACUUGAGAAAAGAAAUGGAGAAGAAACAACAAGAGAUUUCAGAUCUGAAAUCAAAAUUAUCACAGCUCGAAAUUUUAGUGACACGAUCCUUAUGCAAGAUUUGUUGGCAGAAUGAAAUCUCCCUGUUGUACCAACCAUGUGGUCAUGCCGUUUCCUGUAGGGCAUGUUGUAAUGUUGUGGCAGCCAGACUUAAAAGAAAACAAAUGUGCCAAAUAUGCGCUAGUCAGGUUAAAACCACAAAAUACCUCUUCUUAGCUUAAGGAUACCUUAAUGGUAGACGUUUUACAAAUGGGUAUUUUUGCCCAGUCAGGUUUUGUCAUUGUUAUUAUGAAACUUGAUAUUCAACAUACAGAAAUUAUGUCAAAAGAACUAAAAGAUAUCAGUUACUCAUGCAUCCAUUACUUUUCUUUUGGUCAUCCAUUGUAAGCAGUAUCUGUUAUACUCUGUUUCCCACUGCUGUCUUAUUGAUGUUUUUAUAGACAUUUGUUCGAAUGAUCUGUGCUUUUCAUCAUCUUGAAUUGAUUAUGUGAGGCAUUAUGAAUUUUGUUCAUUUUUAUUUAAUAUGUAAAUCGUUACUACUGAGUAAUAACGGGUAUAUACCAGAACAACUUAGGUAUCACCGAGGUUGUUCAUGAUAUUCUCUCGUUUUUUUUUUAAUUAUACCUGUUUCAAUGGAUUUUACAAUAAAAUUAUUUGAUAGGAACUUUUUUGUGAUGUGUAUGACCACUUUAAUAAAUGUAUUCUUUAGAAA